AUGGGAUCCAAGGUCGUAACUCGUAAAACACUGGCAACAUUUGCUGCUUCAAGGGUGAAGGAAGAGCAGGGAAAGACGAUUGAAGUGGUGUUGAAUGAUCGUCUGGGAAAGAAAGUUAGAGUGAAGUGUGAAGAUGUUGACACCAUCGGAGACUUGAAGAAGCUCGUUGCCGCUCAGAUGGGAACGAGAGCUGAGAAGAUCAAGACUCAGAAGUGGUACAACAUCUAUAAGGAUCACAUCACCCUAAAAGACUAUGAGAUUCAUGGCGGCAUGGGCCUCGAACUCUACUACAACUAAAUUGUCUGUCCAAUAAAGAAAACAGGUAUGAUGGUUAGGUGUGCUUGUUGGAAAUUGUCUCUCGGUCCAGAGGAGAGGAAAUACAUGGUCUGAACUGAAAAGCAAUGUCUACUUCUUUGAGUCUAUGAUAUGUAAUGUAAUCCAGACAUU